CUAAACUCAAUUAUUCCUUCUGGAAGCAUUUUUUGUUUUUUAGAUUGAUAGAAUUUUCUGUGUAGACUAUCUUGUGGUCUGUGAAUAAAGACAGUGCUACCUCUCCCUUUCCAGCCUGGAUGUCGUUUUCUUCCUUGUUGCACUGGACACCAAGCACAAUGUUGAACGCCUCCCUCCCCCUCGUGAACUCACCAGCCUUAGGUUGUAGUUUCCUGCAUACAAACAUCCAGCACAACUUGUAGCAUGUGUCUGCCUCGUCCCCCUGACCCUAUGAAAACCCAAGCCUGGGUAGGCCACCUACUGAGGUGGGCAUGGGUCCCAGAUUUGAAACAGGACUUGAUUCUGAGUGGAGCAAGUCUGUUCAUGGAAGUCUGACAGGAUGAAGGCAGACAUUUCCGACUGGAAAACAGAAAACUGAGCAGAGCAAUGUGGACCCUGAGAAAAGGAGGUGGGACGGAAAAGGACCCUGGCAGAAGCGAAUCGUCUUCAAGCUGCAUUAGAGUAAUUUGUAAUCAGGAAGCGGGAUGAUUCACAUCUCCACAGAGACUUAAACACAGCCACAGCACCAUGGGUGGAUUGUAGGCAUGACAUACAGAAACUAGGUAGCGGUGAAGGGAGGGAAAGAAGAGAAUGAAGCACUGAAUAGGGUGGCUGUGGGGAAAGGUUUGGAGGAAACACCCUCUCCCUGCCUUGUGAGCCACCAGCAUUGACUGGGGAGAUGAGGAGGGGGGCAGGUCAGUUUGGAAGGCUGUUUAGCGGUGCCCCCUUUCCCCAACCAGAACAUCUUGGCUGCUCCCCAUCCUCCCCCAGAGGUGUCAAGGUGGAGCUUUGUGAUGUCUAAGCCCAACCCACGGCUGCCAUUGGCUGGAGGAGAGCCUUGCUGACCAAACAAAGCUGAAGGGUGUGGCCCCUCUCUGUCCUAUAGAGGGGUGUAUAUAGGCAGGUCAGGAGGCCUGGGGUAGACCACUGGGAGGCGCUGACAUGGCGAAGGCGACCAGGAAAUCCCAGGCUUCUAGCACAGUCACGGAACAACCCUCGCCAAACACCAAAGAGAGGAAGAUGAGGAAGUCCUCAAGUCAACCCAGGUCCAGAGGGAGUGUCAAGGCGGCCAAGAAAACCACGGGGGCCAAAAGACCCCUUCGAAGGAGAUCCACUAAAAAAGCCUCUAGAAAAUGUCCCACCUCUUCAGUCAAAUCUAAGGAAGCGAGAGGAACAACCCUAUUCGGUCACUAUCACAGGCUGAAUGAAAAGCUGAAUCAAGAUGAGCCAGAGGCGGACGGAGAGAGCAUGGAGAAGCCCAGCACUUCACGUGCCUACCUGCACCACCGGCAACUUCAGAGCGAGGCCACAGACCUCAGAGAGGAAUCAUCUGAGAAGUCUCUAACGUCUGACCCCUGAGAAAUGGCCAGUGGUGCCGACGUCAUUUGACAGCAGCAGGGUGCCCUGAUGGUGAUUUCAAUAAAACGGACCUGUUGUGAAAAUG